AUGGCCUACCUCGACUUUGCUCUGCGCGGUGUCGGUAUCUUUGGCAGCGGCGCCUUUUUCGGUAUGGCGCUGUCGAUCUCGACCGUGACUCUUCCCAUGCUCUUCCGCCACAAGGACAUUACUGCUCGGCAGCGCGUCGAGCUGUGGAGCGACCUGUACACGCUCGUGACGCAGCGCUGGGUGCCGUUCGGUAUGCUUUCGGCCGUCGCUUUCGGCGUUGCUGCCUACACAACAAAGUCAGACAAGUCGCUUCCAGUGGCUGCGGCAAUUUCCAUGGCCUCCAUCAUGCCCACGACGCUCAUCUUCGUCUUCCCGUACGUGAACAAGCUCAAGUCGUUCCUCAAGGGCGACUUUCCCAGUGACGACGAGGCGCUCAAGACGCUGCGCGUCUGGGGCGACGUGCACUGGCUGCGCACGAUCUGUGCCGGCCUUGCCGCUGCGAUCGGCCUGUACGACCUGGUGGCACUUCUUUCCAAGUAA